GAACCUCCGCCUCGUCUCCUCGAUCUUCCUCCCCAUGUCCUGCCAUGAAAGUCGCACACAUGAGAAGAGGAGGACACGGCGAGGCGCCCGCGCGCUAGCCUGACAUUACCAGCUCUCCGUUGUGCAGCUCGAGUUCAGCCAUGCUCGAGCGUCGCCGGGUUUCCUUCUUCUCCAACUGCCAGUUCCUCGUUGAGCUACGCGCAGCUACGAUGAAUCACGGCAGUGUGCGGACUUGACGUCCUGCCAUUUUGGCUCACGACCUGACCACGCCUCUCGGUUGUGAGUGCUAACGACAGGAAAUAUGAGGAGACGGACUCAGGGGGAGUGAGAGGCGCUGUUCAGAGUGGCAACGCCGGGCAGGCGAGGUUUGGAAGCUAAUCACUUUAGCUUGAAAUCGCUUGUUGACAUGUCCGACUCCCACAAUGCAGCGCGGCGCUGACGUCACGCCGGCGCGCUGAGGCGGUUCAGAGCGGAAGUUUUGAAAAGCGGCCGUGUAAACAGCGUGUUCGCGCCGGGUUAUGGACGCCACGGCUUCCCAGCUGCUUCAGCCUCACUUCGUGGCUAUAGACGGGCGCGUCGCUCGCGUCACCUGCCGGCGGGCGGCUAGAAAACAUCAGGUUUCGUGUCGCACGUUUUGGUUUGACGCGGACUCGAGGGCGUUUGUGGAGUCUCCAGCCGCGGAGGGAGUCAGAGAAGCAGCCGGCGGCGAGGUCCUCAGGUGUCAGCGCGCGUUCGACGAGGCGAGCAGGUGCAGUUCGGCUUGUGUUUUGUUGGAGAGUAAGCGAAAGAAAGGAGACGGUUUCCGCUACUGUCUCCUCCUAGCAAACACGUCAAACCACCUGCGAGCUAGUUUGGGCUUCACUCUGCCGUAUCAGAUAGACAGAAACGUGCGUGUGCUCCAGGGGCCGACUGUCGUCUGGGCUCGUGAUGGACGUGUGUUUCAUGUUCAAGCAGGAGAGGUGUGCCAGGCACCUGCGCCCCUAUCGAACAUCACCGUCGGACUACUGCCCGUCCAGAGAGGGCAAAUAUUUAUACUGGGCCAGCAGGACCAGCCGGAUGACUUCCCCACUGCUCCCUUGGUCGGCUCUUUUCUGAAGGAUGGACAGACCUUUGAUGGAACUCAGAUCCUGCCUCAGCCGUACCUGAGUCUCACCACGUGUCUCCUGGUUCUGUCAGCGGACCGUGGUGACGGUGGUGUGCUGCGCUCCACUGCCGUCGUAGCAACUUCCAACCAGCAGCUUGUUUAUUUGGAAAGUGGCGUGGUCCAAGACACGUGCAGGCUUCCCUUUGAGCAGCCGGAAGGUCUCGCCGAGGUGCACACGGGAAGAAACGGCCUCCUCAUCGUGGUGUCAUUCCAUCAUGGCAAUGUUUGCGCCCUGUGGAAGGAAACCUUCCAGGUGGCUGCCCAGUGGUCGGGUGUCGCCUCAGUUCACGUCGACGACUUCCUCAGGUGCGGAACGGAGCAGCUGCUUCUGCUUUUUAAAGAUGGCAGUUCAGAGGGAAGCUCGCUGGACAGUUUCCUCAUCACUGACCUCUGUGGCCUUUCCUUCUCUCAGGGUCCGGACCAGGAAGAAGGCAAGCCUCCUCUCCCGACUGCUGAGAACUAUUGUCUCACACUUCGAGCUCUGGAGUCCAGACUGCAGAGCGGAGUGACCCGGCUGGAGGAGCUUCAGAGGGAUGUGAGAGUGAAGGAGCGUGUGCUGCAGCAGUCGGUGCGAGCCCUGGUGGAUGCUGCCGCUCAGAGGGAGCCCACUCUGACGCCACACCAACAGGAAGGUCUGGUUCCACUGUGGGACAGUGAUGAUGAGUCGAUGGAUGAGUCGUCGCUGGAGGUGACGGAAGACGUGCCAGGGGAGGCGGCGAAACCCCGCGUUGACAAGCUCUGGCAUCGGGUCCACCAGGACCGAUUGGUGGUGGGAGUGAUACUCUCUGCUGACACGCCGCUGGCUGCGGUGACUUUAUCCGUCGUGACGGCGACAGAAGCCAGUUUUGCACCUGCUGUCAUCCACACCCAAGUGUUCAGGCUCCCCCCCGACGCCCCCCCGCCACCAGCCCCCGCCUGCCAGCCGCCGGCCAAGAGAAGCAAGCGGCAGGCCUCGGACGCAGUGGAGGAUCUCCGCAGCGACAGAGUGGCUGUGACUGCUGUCACCAGCGUCGCACCUCUGCUCACCUCUGACUCCGUCAAGUGCCGCGUCAUGCUCCAUUACGUCCAGGGACCCAAGGCUGCCGCCCUCCCGAACAACCCGACGCCAGUCGUCCUUCCAUGUGGCCUGAUUCUUCUGGACGUCAGGCAAAGUUCCACCAUGCGACUCCCGGACGACAGAACCGAUGGUGCUCUAGAGGAUCUUCUGAGUCUGCUGUCCGUCCUGGACCACUGGAUCUUCCGUGUAGACUCCCCCGGGCACAGUCUCGGGGAUGUGGACGGCUGGAUGGAGAAGCGCUUGGCUUGUAGGAGAUCAGAAGUCAACCCCGAGUAUCUGAUCAAGUCUUCAGAAGCUCCAGCUGCCGUGCUGCUGCAGUGGCAGCAACCAACUCCUUUCACGGGGGAGCUCACCGUCCACGGCAGCCACUUGCAGAUGCUCCAGUUCCUCCACUCCUUCCUGCCCUUCCUUCCGGACGCCUGCUCCGUGCGGCUCCUCAACAGAUCAAGAGUCCAGCAGUCUGCUGCCAAACUUCCCGCUGCGCUGCAGGACGAGCUGCUGACAGUCCUGGAGUUUCUGUCUCUGCUGCAACCUCAACAGCAGGGAGACAAGCCUCCUGCAGACCAGGGGGACCCUGACCCUGGGUCGGAGGAGGGGCUCCGGAGGUGCAGAGAGGCCUGGCAGCAGGAGGCGCUGAGGAGUCGGGCCUGCUUGAGCCCCCUGUUGGAUGUGGAGAGGUAUCACACGCUCACACAGAGGUUGACCGUUGCCCAGCUGGAGACAGAUUUAGCUGCUCUGGUGGCGACGCAGGAUUAGAAAUGGCUCCGAAAUCUGUUCGCACUUCCGUCAUGAAAACAGCAGCUACAAAUAAGUCAAAGUCAACUUUCUGUUCACGUUUCUCGUCCGUGUUUCGUUCAUUAAAAACAUGGCUUCUUACGCAGCGUCUCGGCUUUCAUCUUUGAUAAGGUCACUAACUUGUGUGUGAGCAACACAAGUCCAAAAAGGCUGAUGAGGAACACGUGAUUCGGUUUUGGGGCAGAUCUGUUGGUGUUUUGGAUUUACGAACCGUUCAUUCAUUCUCACUUGCGGUCACCUGACCAGCUCCCGUUAAAAGACGAGCACAGGCCGGAAAUCCUGGCUUCAUCAACACAACAUGCAGCGGACUUUCACGAGUCUGUUGUGUCAAAUGUGAAGUUGCAUGUUGAAAGUUUUCUGAUUUAUCCAACGCUGUGAGUCUGGACAGAGAUCCUCCACAUUACUGCCUCCUGAUGGUGGGUUGAGCUUGUUGCGCUCUGGAUAUAUUUGACACAAAUAAUAUAGAUAAAUACAUGUGGGGUGUCAAAGUCACAAACUGCAUUGGUUCCCUCUUAACUUUUGGUCUUUUAUUUUGUUAUUUUUAGGAGCUAAUGUUGGUAUCUACUCAUGCUGUUGAAGCUUUUUUGAAGUGCUACAUUUAUUCAAGCUUUUUAUUUAUUUUUUAAAAACAUCUCUUGAUCUGUUUUCCUCAUGAUACUUUUUGCACACGUCUCUCCCUUUGUCCAGUUGUUCCUCUGUUCUGAGUAACAGUUUCGGGUGUCGCUUUAGACUGGGGAGCUCAACCACAAAAAAUAAAAGUGCUUGGUUUUCUAGGGUUACUAAUCAGUAAUUAUGCUCUUUGCUGACUAUUCCAGGGUAAUAAACAGUCAGGCCUAGAUGUUGAUCAGUACUUGAUAAUGAAAAAUAACUGGGUCAUAUGCUGGUGACACACGUGAAUAGGCACUUCACUUGUAAGAAUAUAGUGUGACCCAUCUUGAAAAAUCCAUUAAUGAAGUUGCAUUUAGUGGUAAGUCGAGGGGGCAGCUGCUGGAGUGAAGCGCCCCAGACUUCAGCUCUCAAGGUGUAUGGGUGUGGAGGAGCUGAGGUUCUCCUGCUAGUCUCUCCUGGAUGUCUGAGCUUCUUUCUCUCGGACAGUCUAGACAGAGAAACUCCAGAGCUGGUGACCCAGGUGAGAGGAGAAACCCACCAGUCCGUGGAGAGCUGUUUCUUCUGGCUCAGCUCCUUCUCCACCUCCUGACUGAUGAUGCUCACUUCUGAUCAUAAGCCUCAUGACUGAGAGUGACUUGCUUCCCUGCAGCUGUGUUUCCAGGCAUCAGAACCGUCAACAGGAGGCGCAGUCUGGUGCAGGUCAGUCUCUGACAGAUGCGCUGGUGAGUCCUCUGGGCCACACAUCUGGCCGGCGUCUUCCUCUGAAAGCUUUUCGGGAUACUCUCCUCACGCUCGGUUUGUUUUGCCGUGAAUGUUGUCGAGUUCAAAGUGUUUGGAGGUUUCCUCCUCUGA